AUGGAGUACACUGUGGAAAGUGCACUUAUUACUACUGGUACUAGAAUAUAUGCAAUUUCAUAUAUGAAUGGAAUACCAAUGAGUAUAUGCAGUAUGCUUUCAUAUAAGAAGCAGAGGGUCCUUUAUAUAAAGAGGUUUGAAAGCACAGCACAAGUGAAAGGUCUCUCUAGGAUGAUUCUCAUGGAGAAUCUAAGGAGUAUCUUAUGUACUUUGGAUGGUCCUGAAGUAUUCUUGUAUUCUCGUCCUGUCCCAUGCAAGUACAUUGAGACACAUAAGCAAAUAUCUCACUCUGUUGAUUUGUCUGGUUACUGGCAUGGGAUACUAGCAGGAAUUGGGUAUGAGUCCAUGGCAGUGGGUCAUAAAGAGGCAAAAAAUGGAGAAUAUAAAAGGACCAUUGAGAUGUACCCUGGGAUUACAAGUUGUUUUGGUAAAGUACCUGAUGAACCGAUUAGUAGGGCACUUUAUCAUGCACCAAAUUCAUCUAUUGAGGAUAUAAUGGUGAUACUUUGCUCCAGCCGGGAUUUAACAAAUGGAACACUUUUGUUCAGUAGAAGGAAAGUGGAAAAAACGGAAUUAUUGAAAAAUAAGAAGAAAAUAAUUCAAAAAGUGACAAAACAAGAGAUAAAGGAGAUUCUGGCAAGUGUGAAGGCAGGCAUGAACUGGACACAUAAUAAAAAGAUGAAAAUAACGGUGCAAAAGAUACACUCAGAGAGUAUAGAAAGAAAAGAGCCCAUAAAACCCUUUAAAUUAACGAUAAAAAAGAUAAAGAAUUAA